AUGGCGGACGUCGCAGGGCCAUCCACCAGCACAACCGUUGUGCUCAGAAAGCGAAGGAGGUCCCAUAGCCCCCUUGUCCUGCGCAUAUCAUCCUCGCCCACGCCAAGUCAUGCAGUAGUACUGUCAGAAUCUGAAUCUGAACAGAGUCCACUCUCUCCGGUCGUCUCUAUCGCCCUGGAACCCGGACCCUCUACAUUACCCUUGAGAGGCAAGAAGAAGCGAUACGCAUGCGAUUUUGACGGCUGUGACAAGGCCUACUCGAAGCCUUCUCGAUUAGCAGAGCAUCAACGCUCUCAUACUGGAGAUCGACCUUACAUCUGCACAACAUGCCGAAAAUCUUAUCUACGUGAAAGUCACCUCCAGGCGCACUCCCGUUCUCACUUACCGGAGUCCGCCCGACCAUUUGUCUGCGAAGAGGCAGGAUGCGGGAAGCGCUUCUGGACAUCUCAGCACCUUCGCGUGCACGAAAAUUUGCACAGAGGAGAGAAACCUAUAAGAUGCAAUGAACCAUCAUGUGAAGCCACCUUUGCCAAGCAAUAUCAAUUGCGGGAGCAUAUCUGUUCGACACAUGCUCCUCCAGGGACGAAGUCCUACCCUUGUGAUCACGCCGGCUGCACCAAGUCCUUCGCCACUAACCAGAAACUACGUGCUCACACCAAAACCCACGAUGGGAGGCGCUAUACUUGUGUGCACACCCCAUGUUUAGCAUCCCCAGGCAACCCGCCCACGUACUUCGCGAACUGGACUGCGCUUCAGCAUCACAUGCGCACCGCGCACCCGCCUACAUGUCCAUAUCCUACGUGCGGCGGCAAGACAUUUACAGCACAGAAGGGUCUCCGCGCUCACCUGAAGAUUCACGCCGAGCGUGACCUCGAGGCGGAGCUGGAGAAGGACCAGGCGGUCAGAGCAGCUGCAGACCCAGACGACCGGCCGCGCAAGAAACGUAGAGGGGGAGAAGUCGGACGUGACUGGAUUUGUCAGGAAUACGGCUGCGGGAAGGAUUUCAAGUCGAAGAAGGCACUUGCGACACAUCGCAACGUAACCCACCUAGGCCGGCGAGACUUCGCCUGCCCAACAUGCGAGCGCACAUUCGGAUACAAGCACCUCCUCCAACGACACACUGCGAAGGCACACCCAACUGAGCCCGCUUCCUCCGACUCCGAAUCAGACAGUAACACCGAGGCGAGCAGUGGCGAAGACACGGAAGAUAGCGAGGACGAGAAAGACGACGAGGAUCAGGAGACGGCGAAACCGACAGUGGCGUUCAGCAUCGACUUCAUCACUGGGGCUGCAUACGAGGCUCGCUCGCAGGUGCGACUGGGUACUAGCCCCCGGAGUCUGAAGUGUCCGUUUCCCUACCUGCCCUCGUCCUUCCGCGAGGACGAGAGUGCGGAUGAGGAUGUGGCGGCCUCGAAGGCUAUCCACGACCCACAGUGUCAGUACGUGUUCAGUAGAGCGUACGACCUGCGGAGACACCUGCUCGCUGAGCACGAGGUGGAGCUCGGGAAGGAGGUGGUUGAUGAGUGGGUCAAGAGUGCUAAGGCGACGCGAGCGAAGGGUGCGAGUUAG